GGGGGCGGAGGAGCCGGGAGGCGGGAGGCGGGAGGCGCGGGGGCCGUUUAAGCGGCCUCCCUCCCGCCCCCAGCCGCCCGGUCUGGCCCCGACCCUGUCCCGACCCCCGGCCUGGCCCACUCCAGCCUGCCCCGCCGAGCGGUCCGCCGGGCACGCGGGCGGCCUCCGGAGCAGCCCAAGCCCAUGAGGGCCGCGCGCCCUGCCGCCGGCGCAGACGAGACGGAGCUCCCGGCCCCCGAGGAGGAGCGGAGGAUCAAUGCGGUUCAAGAAUCGAUUCCAGCGGUCUUAGGAACGAUUUCUUCAGGAGGCUAUGUUGGAGGCUUGAUUGUACCCCGGCAGAUCAGAGACAAAUGGACAAAUUGCACUGUCAGUUUCCCAGCAGAACAUGUUGUGCCAUGGUUUUCACUGAGCCCCAGACAGUGAUGGGCUCCUCGCAGACUUGCUCUUCGCUGGUCUUAGAAGCAAAUCUGGCUCUGUCCAUGAGAGACUACCUGAAGUCACAUGGGUUCAUGAACCACCGGGCCCCAGCCAAUGGCCGCUACAAACCAACCUGUUACGAACAUGCUGCUAACUGUUACACGCAUGCAUUCCUCAUUGUUCCGGCCAUUGUGGGCAGUGCCCUCCUCCAUCGGCUGUCUGACGACUGCUGGGAAAAGAUAACUGCAUGGAUUUAUGGAAUGGGCCUCUGUGCCCUCUUCAUUGUUUCCACAGUAUUUCACAUUGUAUCAUGGAAAAAGAGCCACUUAAGGACAGUGGAACAUUGUUUUCACAUGUGUGAUAGAAUGGUUAUUUAUUUCUUCAUUGCUGCUUCUUACGCUCCAUGGUUAAAUCUCCGUGAACUUGGACCCCUGGCAUCUCAUAUGCGUUGGUUUAUCUGGCUCAUGGCAGCUGGAGGAACCAUUUAUGUAUUUCUCUACCAUGAAAAGUAUAAGGUGGUUGAGCUCUUUUUCUAUCUCACAAUGGGGUUUUCUCCAGCUUUGGUGGUGACAUCAAUGAAUAACACUGAUGGACUUCACGAACUUGCCUGUGGGGGCUUAAUUUAUUGCCUGGGAGUUGUGUUCUUCAAGAGUGAUGGCAUCAUUCCAUUUGCCCAUGCCAUCUGGCACCUGUUUGUGGCCACGGCAGCUGCGGUACAUUACUAUGCCAUUUGGAAAUACCUUUAUCGCAGUCCUACAGACUUUAUGCGACAUUUAUGACCAAUCUGUACUAGGUCUCGAAACCAGUAUUAUUUCAAUUAUGGCACUUGGGAGUGGGGUAAGAGCCGAAGGUUGCACAGAGGGAAAAAGACAAAGACAACUGCACUGACUUCCUUUAUAUCUUUUGAAUAUAAUUACUGUGAAAGUAUAAAAGCUGUGUUCUGGAAUUUCCCUCUUCACAGCAGAUAAAUAAGGUAGUGAAUUAAUUAUUCAUUCCAUUCCACUAUCAUGAAGGACUCUGGAUAGACUUGGCCAACUGAUGUUUACAAAACAGAAUUUUGUAUUUUAAUUUUACAGAUUUUACUACAUGAUUUUUCUAAAUUACUAGGUCAGGUUGUAAAAGUCAGUGCAAUAACAAAGCUUCCUUUUUAGGAGAAAAUUGUUUCUAUCACUUUCCCAUUAGCUGUGUGAAGAAUCGUGGACAGAACUUACACUACUUUUACCAUGUUUCAUCUUGGCAUAACAUGGUUAUUUUUUAAAUAGAAAGUUUCGUUUUUUGUAAAUUUUUAAAGAAUAUUUCAUCGAAGCGCAUCUCUGCGGUUCCUCAUUCAUGUGAAUUUUUGCAGCAAGCUGUCAACAUUCCACAAAUGAACAAACAUUAUACCUCUUCUGAUAGUUUUAUUAAGCAUAGAGAAAUUGCCAAUUUUUAAAAACUGCGGUUUUCCAAACUUUUCUGCCAACCUCUGACUCUGAAUUCCAUGCUGCUUUGGGCCAUAUACUUGACCUCGUUUGGUUUACCAGUGAUAGAAAAGUAUUUUGAUAUCAUUAACUUUUUCAAAGGACUCAACUUUUUCUCUAUGCCUUUGCUAUGUGUUCUUCAGGGUCCCUUUCAACAGUGGAUGAGCAUUCAUGUCUGUGUUAUGAUGGUAUUAUUGGAGGGGCCAUCCACGUGAGACUCCUGAAGAGUGUUAUGAAUUACAGUGAAUAGUGGUACUGCCUGCUUGGUGCCCAUCAGUGAAGUCACUGUCACUUAGCUUACUAUUAUCAGUUUGGUACUCAUUUUCAAUUGUGGAACUAGAUGCACAAAUUCACAUUCCUAUCUUUCCCCUGCAUCUCCUGAUUUACUUUUUUUCUUUUCCGUAGCAAAAUAUCUAAAAGCAUUGUUUGACAGAUAGAAACCCAUGCAUCUGUAGUUCAUGGGUUAUGUCCUAGCUCAGUGGAGUGGUAUUUAAUAUAUCAUUUUUGGUUUUUGCCCUCAGUGUCUUAUAUUAAGAUUAACCUUAGUUGCUUUGUUUAUUAAUCUCCUGUUGGUGUUUUAAUAAAUGAAAUAACCUUGCCUUUAGAUUGGUGCUGGUAUUGACUGUUUGCAAGUACUGGGUUUAAUCAGUGGAAUAGUUGGUUUGAUGAAACAUUUAGGCUUACUCAUUGAAGUUUUGCACUGAUGCGGCUUCAAAAGAGGGUUUAUUUUGGGUGUGCAUAUGUAGAACUCUCUCAUUUGGGAAGAACUGGUAUUUGCUGGUGAAUUCUUAAACAGGCAAGGCACCCAGUGAUAACACCAACCAGACCACCCCUACCUGCAUGAUUCUGACCAUCCUGAUGCCUGUGGUUUUGUGUGUAUUCUGUUUUUAAUAUAUUAACUUUUGUGAAUUUAAAGUCUGCUCAAAAGUAACACUGUCAAAACCACUAAAAUGUAUGUAAAAAAUUGUGCUGUAGACUAGAAUAAACUUGUUACUUGGAUUUGU